AUGGAGGAAGAAUCCACCCAGCACCUGGGAACAACAAACACCAGCAGGCAGAAGAGCAAUCCUCCUGGAUCAAUACGAGAGGUGAAUCAGCCUGCAACAGCCCUGGCUGCUGCAGUCACAGUGUCUGCAGCCUGCUCAAGCCCAUGCAUGGAGUCUCUCCCACAGGAGAUAGUCUUCCAUGAACUUCUCCAACAUGAGUCAUCCAAGAGCUGCUCCAAUAUUACAGCAAGUAAAAGCCAUAGCCAUGAAGGUUUAGGACUGAGGAAGCUUUCUGAAAAAGUACCUGUCACAACAGAAAUCCUCAGCUUCAGCUUCAAUGUGCUGCCUUCCCUCCAGGAUUCAACCUUCUCUGAGUUGAAGUUUCUUCUCUCCUUGGACUUAACAAGGUGUCAGAUCAACCGGGAUGAUGGCACCUUUCACAGCAACAGGCAGCUGAAGACAACUUUGCUGACAGGAAACCUGCUCAUGUUUCUGUCUCACACAGUGUUUGCUGGCCCGCGUUCCCUGGAGAAGCUUGUCUUAACACAGACAGGAAUAACCAGUAUGUCUUUCAUUCCAAUGACAAAUCUGGACGGCUUAGAUACCCUCAUCUUGGGCAGCAACCACAUCUCUUCAUUGCAGCUUCCUCCCAGCUUUCCCACUCAAAACCUCAAAUACCUCGACUUUCAAACAAACAACACAGGAGCAAUCACAGCAGAAGAUGUGCAUGUUCUGCAGAAUAUCAGCAAUAUAACUCUCAUCUUUAAAGGCAAUGACACUACAUACAUUGAACCUGGAGCCUUCCAGUCCCAUUUGGACUUCAGAGGCUGUGCUGACAUCUCUGGGGUCCUGGCACGGAUAUAG